UCCAAAUUAAAAGCAGUGGGAUCAAAACAAAUACGCGAAUAUCUCAGUGCGUUCUAAAUAUAUAAUCAAAUAAUACGAAAAUGCGGUGGUUUCUUCUGCGAUUCUGUUUACUUGUUGGACUGGCCGGUCAACAUGUACAAGCUGAAAGGUUCAAAACCAUUCACGAGAAGAUCCAAGGAGAACAGGAAUACACGAGCUUCAACGACCUGGUCCGCAGCAACAGGGUUGCCAAGCUAAACCUCCACUACGAACCUUUAACAGUGUUUGUGCCAGAGAACAGGGCCUUCGACCAAUACGAAGGCGAGAUAUACUCAGAUCUGGCCUUCUACCACAUGAGCUUCGAAGUAAAGACCCUCAAGCUUCUCCGAACUACCAACGCCUUGCAAUCGGCGAACUUGGACAACCCUCCGUUGUGGAUCACCAAGGUCAAUGACGAUAUAUACGUUAAUAGCGCCAAGAUAUUGCAGGAUAAGUCCAACUAUGUGUCUAGGAGCCGCAGUGGUGAUAUGGGACAACAGCAGGUCCUUCACGUGAUAGACAGCGUAUUGGAUCCCAUAAUAAAUUCUCCGAAAUUCUCACCUAACGCGUACGACUUCCUCACGUCAGUCCACAAUUGGAACAUAGGGUCCAAAACCAUCACCAAGUUCCAUCAGAAGGCGCAAGACAACAGACUCCUGAACGUAUUCAAAGAAAAAAGCCCCCACACCUUUUUCAUACCCGUAGACUCAGGUAUCGACACCCGCAAGUACCAAAUGAUAGACAGGAAGGUGCUGCUCCGUCACGUGGUGCCCAAUCACGUCCUCUUCAUCAGGCCAUCAGAAAGAAACGUGGUAACUUUGUCAGACGAAGACCAGUCUCCUUACACACUGUCUUUCGAGAGGACCAAUGAAAGAUUGUUCGUUAAGUAUAUAUCUAAAGACGACGACUUGGAAUUUUCUUCCGAGGUACUAGUACCCGACAUCCCAGUCAAAAACGGGGUUAUACACUUAAUCUCCCAACCGCUGGGCAACUUUGAAAAGUCCCUGAAGCCUUUCCCUUUCCUGCCCAUCAUGGAAAAAAUCUCCAACGACCCAGAGGUAGACACCUUCUACAAGAUGGGGAGUAUGACGAAAUUCAACGAAAUAUUCAACAAGAAGAACGUCAAUUUUACUUAUUUCGUACCCAAAGACUCGGCUUGGAAUAAGAUAAACGACAUGGGACUCGAACCCAUCGACGACCCCAGCGACAUCCUGGCCAGACACUUGGUGAUCUCAGACUCGCCUUAUUCGAUGCAACAGUUAGUUUCCAUGUCCAGGGUUAACAACUACACUGACAUCGAAUUGCAGUCGGAAGGAGGCCCUUUGAGGAUGUCUGCGUUUAGGGUGGAAGGGGAAUACUUCAUAAAGUGGAAGAGGAAGUACAUUAGGGUGUUGAGACCCGACUACGAGUGCACCAAUGGUAUAGUGCACGUUCUCAACGGUCCCUUAGUCGAUUUUACACGGAAGAAGUUGAAUCAAUCUUUGAACGAAGGUUCUUUGGUUGGUUAUUGGAACAUCGUGAAAGACAUCAUAGUAUAACAAAAAAAUGUUACGCUGUUAAAGUGACAAGUUGUUAUAAUAUUAAGAAGUUUUUUUUAAUAAAUACAAAUGUUUUAGUUA